AUGCGUCUGGAUUUGGGCGUCAACGAACAUGUCAUACAUUUACUCAAGGACGAAAUACUCACCAACAAACUUUAUGCAAAGUCCUUUUUAAUUGUAACUGGUCUGCUAGUCUCCUUGAGAAAUAACCAUCCUCCUACGUUAUUAAUCUCUCUGGGCUUACUCAGCUUCGAUUCGGAGACGGGCCCUUGCAGAAUCUACGGAUCUUAUCUGCCAGCUGCCGCUACCGGCAACUCGCAUUGUUACGGUGAUCCUGACUCUCUCGCUGGGGCGUCUUCGACUUGUACCCCACUACCACAAAACACAAACACACGCAACAACCAAGAACCAACAAGCAGAACGCGACCUUCACAGGUUCAACGCUCCCGACUAUCUCCCCAUACUCCUCACCCUCGAAUCCAAGUCAGCUCAGCCAGCAUGUCUACUGCAGCGCGCCGUCGAUUAAUGCGUGACUUCAAGCGCAUGCAAACAGAUCCUCCUGCUGGAGUAUCUGCAUCUCCGGUGGCUGAUAAUGUUAUGACCUGGAACGCCGUCAUCAUCGGACCAGCAGACACCCCCUUCGAAGACGGUACCUUCCGACUCGUCAUGCACUUUGAGGAGCAAUACCCCAACAAGCCUCCCGCCGUCAAGUUCAUCAGCCAGAUGUUCCAUCCAAAUGUAUACGCGACCGGCGAGCUGUGUCUAGACAUCCUGCAGAACCGCUGGAGCCCAACAUACGAUGUGGCCGCGGUUCUGACCAGUAUCCAAAGUCUGUUAAACGAUCCCAACACGAGCUCUCCAGCCAACGUCGAGGCAUCGAACCUGUACAAGGACAACAAGCGAGAAUAUACUAAACGCGUCCGGGAAUCGGUGGAGAAGAGUUGGGACGACUAA